AUGGAGCCGAAAUCCUUCCCCACCUACCAACUAUUCCUCUUAGGACUAUGCCGCAUCGCCGAACCCGUCGCCCUCACCUCCCCCCUCCCCUACGCCUACGACCUGAUGAUCUACCUCUUGGUGGAUGGUGACAACAACAACAACGGCAACAGCAAUCCAACUCGCAGUGCUGCAGCCUUUUACGCAGGAAUAUUCGUCGCCGCCUUCUCGUUGGCCGAAACCCUCACAGCCUUCUGGUGGGGAUAUCUAUCUGACCGCAUCGGCCGGAAACCGGUCUUACUCCUCGGCUGCGCGGGCACGAUUCUGUCCCUGUUUGUACUGGGGUUUGCGCAGAGUCUCUGGACGGCGAUUCUGGGGCGGGCGCUCGGGGGCGCGUUGAAUGGGAAUGUGGGCGUUGUGCAGACUAUGGUGGGGGAGAUGGUUGGGUGGGAGGGUUUUGAAGCACGGGCGUAUGCUGUCAUACCGUUCUUUUUUAGUAUCGGAUGCACAAUCGGGCCGGCGCUGGGGGGUUUGUUGGCGCAGCAGGCGGGGGGUGAGGGUGUGUGGGGGUCGUUGCUGCGUCGCUUUCCCUACUUAUUGCCGAACCUGGCGUGCGCCGGGAUGGUGCUGUUGACGAUGGUGUUGGCUUGGUGUGCUUUGGAGGAGACACAUCCGGAGUGCAGACGGGGGGUGGUUGUGGGACGGCAGAAGCAGCAGCAACAGCAGCAACAGCAGCCGCCAGACCAAGACGAAAGCUCACCCCUCCUCACGCAAUCAUCAAAUUCUACUCUCAACUGCCCGUUUACGGCCAGUGCUAAACCCAGUGCUACCCCCGGGAACGCACCGACCUCCCUCUGGAACCUCAACCGCAACGUCAAAAUGCUGAUCAGCGCCGUCUGCCUCCUCUCCGCCCAUACCGUCACCUACAUCCAGCUCCUCCCAAUCUUCCUGCGCACCCCGCGCGACCCUGCCGUGCCGCCGUACUCCCCCGGCGGCGUCGGCGGCCUCGACAUGAGCCUGUCGACUGUCGGCCUCGUCAUGGGGCUGAACGGCACCGUCGGCCUCGCCAUCCAGCUCCUGUUCCCCGUGUGCACAGAGUACUUUGGCCUCCGCCGCACCUUGUUAGUCGCCACUUAUCUCCACCCCCUCGCCUACUUCUCUCUGCCCUACCUGCCCUUCCUCCCUGCGCACGGGGGCUGGCGCUCCGCCGGCCUCUGGGUCUGGCUCGUGGCGCGCAAUGUCCUCUCGUCGUUCACUUACCCGGCCCUGCUGCUGUUCAUCAAGCGGGGCACGCCGGACCCGUUGAUCCUGGGCAGGGUGAACGGGCUGGUGACGAGUGCGGGCGCCGCGUGUCGGACAUUCUCCCCCGCGCUGGCGGGCUUGUUGCAGAGUGUGGGCGAGCACGCGCAUUGUAGUGCGUUGGCGUGGUGGGGGUCCGGCGUGAUUGCCGUGCUGGCGGCGGUGCAGACUUGGUUUGUGCGGUUGGAGGACGAGAGUGUUGUUUCGGGAGAGGAUGUGGCUGACGGGGAGGGGGAGGGGGAGGGGUGUUGA